AUGUGCUUAAAUUUGAAAUUUUUUAUUUUAUUUUGCUUUUUACCAAUAUUCAUUACGAAUAAAGAUGAUAAUGAAUAUACUGAAGAAUAUUACGAUCAAUAUAUUGAUCACUUCAAUUUUUAUUCUUAUAAAAAUUUGACAUUUAAACAAAGAUACUUAUAUUUAAAUAAAGAUUUCAAUCAUAUCAAUGGAUCUUUAUUAUUUUAUACUGGCAAUGAAGGUGACAUAACAUCAUUUUGGAAUAAUACUGGUUCUCUGUUUGAUUUUGCAUAUCUGGUCAGAGGUUUUAUCGUUUUUGCAGAACAUAGAUUUUAUGGAAAGUCUUUACCAUUUGGUGCAAAAAGUUUUGAUUCAAAUAAUAUAGGACUUUUAUCUGUUGAUCAGGCAUUAGCAGAUUUUGCUGAAUUGAUACGUUACAUCUUUAUUAAGUUUAAGCUGAAUCCUAAAAUACCAGUCAUUACAUUUGGUGGAAGUUAUGGGGGCAUUCUAAGCACUUACAUGAGAUUGAAAUACCCGAACUUAGUGGAAGGUUCCAUAUCAUCAAGCGCUCCUCUGAUGUCUGUGGCGGGUCUCGUGCCGAGGAAUUUCUUUUUUAAACGAGUGACAGAAAUAUAUCUCGGUACGAAUCGCGAUUGUGUCCACAAAAUACGGAACGGUUUUGCAGAUAUUGACAAAAAUUUGUGCGAUGGAUUGCAUAGUGCCAGAAACCUCACGAAAGAACUGAAACUUUGCCGAAUCCUGGAUUGUAAAAAAGAUGGGCCACAAUUGUACAAUUGGAUAAGGAACGCUUUCGUCAUUCUUUCCAUGUGCAAUUAUCCCUACCCGUCAAACUUUUUGGCCGCGUUGCCCCCUUACCCCGUUAAGGCUUCUUGCCAUCUUCUGAAGAAACUUUCCACACCUAUGGAAGGAAUAUACAAAAUUUUAUCUUUGGUCUACAAUACCUCGGGGCUAGGAGACAAAAAAUGUUUCGACCUUUACACCGAAUAUAAAAUUUGCGCGGACCCUACGGGUUGCGGAUUGGGCCAGGACGGAAAGGCUUGGGAUUAUCAAAGUUGCACAGAUUUCAUUCUUCCUAGCGGCAGCGAUAAUGUAACGGAUAUGUUUCCACGCUUACCUUUCACCAUUCAACAGAGACGCGAGUAUUGUAAAGCUACUUGGAACGUAGAACCUAGGGAUCAUCGAUUGGCGCUAAAUUUUUGGGGUGACCAUUUGGGAACCGCUUCUAAUAUCAUAUUUAGCAACGGAGAUUUAGAUCCUUGGAUGCCUGGAGGGAUUCUGAAAAAUGUAUCUUCCAGUAUAAUUUCCAUCGUCAUCGAGGGCGGUGCUCAUCAUCUGGACCUGAGAGGUUCGAGGGGCGAUGAUACGGAUUCGGUUAAACAUGCCAGGCAAAUAGAGUUGGGGUACAUUCAAAAAUGGAUCUCAAGUUCGAAAUCUGGCAUUGAGCGCGAAUCAGACAUCUUGGAUGAUAUUAUAACGCGGAACGAUGUUUGACGAAUGAACCAUUCCCCUCAGAGCUCAUAUAUUGAAAUUAUUUGAAAAAAAAACAAAUUGUAGAAUAGAAUAGACCCAGGAUUCUUAUGAAUUUUUUGCUUUUUUUUUUUGGUAAAAUAAUAGUAGUAUUAAUGUCAUACUAAAGAACCAUAUUGUAUGAAUAAUUAUUUAAUGCUCAAUUUUAAAAAAAAAUUCAGGCCUAAUAGUGUAUACAGUGUAACAUUUUACGUUUUAUUUCUAAUAAUGUUUUUUUUAAAAUGGUAACUUGAGUUUUUUUUUAAACAACGAACCGUAUUUUUCAGGAAAAAAACAAUGUCAAGUGUUUCUUUAUUUAAUAGGACUACCAUCAACUAAACAGUUUUUUAUAGCUAUUUUUUUGUAUAAAAAUUUAGAGUAGAGUUAGUAGUGCUGAAAUUCAGAUGUUUAAUCAACUCAAUAUUGUAUAUUAUCCGAAUUAUUUAUUUAUAUUCUAAU